AUGCCUAUAGAUAUGGUGCCUAAUGAGGAUGCUGGCUACGCCUUCUUGGUCGACUGGGGCUCGCAUCGUGUUGUUUGUAUUGAUGAAGGCCCUCCACGAUCCACUCGUAAUAUACCGAGAUCUCCUGAGGAGGCCGCGGCGACAUUCCCCUAUCCACCAUCGAUGCGGGUUAUAGCUGGGAAGGGUGAAAGAG